CUCUCUCUCCCUCUCUUUCUCCAUCCUCACAAUUUUUUUUCAAUCCCCCGAUGGUCUUGGUUCAAUCUCUUUGGAAAAAAUAAUUCAAUCCCUCGAUACUGCAUCAAGGUUUGUGUUCUACGGUCUUUGGCAAUUUUUCAUUAGCAAUUGGUGUCUUUCUGGCAGGCUGUGUUUUGAGGAUUUUUCGUUUAUGCUUUGUAGUUUGUAUAUUUUUUCUUUUUGUGGCAGGAACUUCUCAAAGGAUUAAACAUCAAGACAGACGGUUGUACCGAUGAGAGUUGUUCGUCGACACCCAACCCUAACCCUUGGGAAUGUUGAAAGCCCACCUACAACUAUUGGGUUGGGUUGGGCUGCAGCCGGCGGCCUUCAGUUUCCACCUUUCCAGAUCCAGACCUAACCCUAAGGAAAGGCCCAAGCCCACCUACAAUUGUUUUGGCCAGGCCUUCAAUUUCUUCUUAUCCAGGAGUGAGCUCAAUAAAUGCCAAAACCCUAAAUUAUGCCGCCUAUAAAAAGAGGGUGUUAGCAUUUUUCCUUCCGAAUACCCCUACCAUCAAGCAUGCAGCCCCAUUUUUUGUUUGAGCUCCCUUACUCAUAGUAAGACUCGCCGCCCCUUUUUCUUCUCUUUCUUUUCGAUUUCCGAUCGUUCUAAUUCCAUCUUUUCGGAUUUUCAGGAAAUUCAAGCGAUGGCGUUCGUUCCGCUGGUAUUGCUUCUUGUCCCCCGAGCAUUUUGCCGCGCUGAGGCUUCUGUUGAGAACCUCCGGCAGAGGAUCAUUCCGGCGCCCUUCAAGCUUGAUCAGGUGAUGAACGAGAUCGAAGUACACGGCAAUGUCUACACCCUAGCACUCCUCGAAAUUUAUGCACGUUUAGCUGGUGCCGAGAAGGCUUACAAUGAUUUGGUCGUUGAGGAGAAAUUCUCCAGUCAUGUAAUUGAUGUCAUUGUUGCUCAGCACAACGCGACAAUAGCAGCUACCGUUGUUUAUCUUCUUGCAGCUGCCCUCCCUUCUCCACUGCACGAGUCUGUUGCAGACGUCCAGCAGGUCCAGCCCCACGCCGUCCUCGGCCUGCAUCUGCUGGUCCUCGGCGUGGGUCAAGACCAUCUUCUGGUCCUCGGCGUCGUCGGCCUGAAUCUGGUGGUCCUCGGCGUCCUCGGCCUGAAUCUGGUGGUCCUCGGCCUACAUCUGGUCCUCGAUGCAGGCCGAGGACCACCAGAUUUAGGCCGACGACGCCGAGGACCACCAGAUGCUGAUCCUCAGUGUGGGGCUUGACCAACUAGUUACUGACAAUCCACCGCCUCUGACAAUCCACCGCCUGAUCUUGAAUCUGCUGGUCCUUGGCGUGGGGCUGGACCUGCUGAACGCCUGCAGUAGACUCGUGCACUGGAUUAUAUAACACUCUCUUAAAAACCUGCUUACAACCCACAUGAUAAUCACAUAUGAAGCUACAAAUUCUUAUUUCAUAGAAUUGGCCUGUGUUGCUAAAGUCUAUUUUCAAGACAACACAAAAAUUCAUAGUAAACAUGUUUUUCUUUCUCGAUUUUUACUUUUUAAGUUGGCAAUAGAAAACUGAAACAAAAUUAUACUAAAUAGGAUCUUAGACCAUAAGCAAACAAAAACGAGAAAAAUCAAUUGCCUGAGCAUGAAAGAAAUGCAAAAACCCCAACUACUAGAAAAGAAGGAAAUAUUACCAAAAGACGUUGAAGAACUGAAAACUCUAACCACUAUAACGAGAAGGAGAAUCAAUUGGCCGACUAAGAAAGAAAUGCAAAAACCCUAACUAUCACAAAGAGAAAAUAUCAAGGAGAAGAACAAAAAUGAAGAACACUUGUGCGGAGUGGUUCUUUUCGAUAAUAGUGUUUUCCCACCGGUUUUCAAGGCAAUUAAAAGUUUUUAAAAAUAUUUAUAAUUAUUAUAUAAUUUAUUUCCACCGACCGCUUAUUACAAGGCAUUGGAGAUUGGGUAGUGUGAUGGAUGAGUAUCAUUUAUAAUCUUAUUUUUGCCUCACACUCGUGAAUAGUCAUUCAUUUCCCGAUACUAAUGUUGAACAGUAAAGCUAAUAGGAACGUAACGUGUGUAUUUAUUAUGAAUUAAUAAAUGUAUUUAUUAUGUUUUUAUCUUUUUUAUUUUUAAUUAAAAAAGGGGAGAUGCUACUCGCCACGUCUUCCUCUGCUAUAGAGGAAAAUGAUGAACGUCUUGCAAACCCUCUUUCCAUUCGUCCCCCUCUCUCUACUCACAAUUUUUUCAUUCUUUUCAUUCUCCCCUCCCUCGACUUGCUCCACCUUCAUAUAUAGCUGAUAUCGCUCAUUCAAAGUCUUCUCAAAUAUAGAAUGUUUAGUGGGGAAACCUGGUACAUACAGUGCCUCCAUUUCUCGGUUGGGUUUGGAGGCAAAAAAGGAAAUAGGGUUGGUAGAGUAUGAUUUGAAAGGGACGUAAUGGUGAUGAAAUGAAUUGGAGGAGUAAGUAUGUAAGUAUUACGAAGACAAAAAAAAUCCCUUCAUUAGACCAUAUGGAGCGGGGGUGGGGGGGGGGGGGGGGGGGUGGAGUAAAUAAUUCACAAUAGGAGAAUAGAGAAAGGACAAAAAUUGUUUUGCAUCAUAUUAAUUACGUGUGGAAUUUGUAAGUUCAUUUAAAUAAUUUAUUCAUUAUUUAUACUCAAUUGACUAAGCAUGAAAGAAACGCAAAAACCCCAACUACUACAAAAGAACGAAAUAGUACCAAAAGUCAUUAGAGAGCUAAAAACUUUGGCCACUAUAAUGAGAAGGAGAAUCAAUUGGUCGACUAAAAAAGAAAUCCAAAAACCCUAAGUAUCUCAAAUAGAAAAUAGCAAGGAAGAGAAGAACCAAAACGAAGAACACUUAUGCAGGUUGUAAAAAAAAUAGUAAAAAUGUAAAAUAUUAUGUUAAAAUGAAAUCAGGCCCUUAGGCACCGAGAAACUCACGCACAAUACAUGAAUAGUGUCAUAAACUACAAAUUGUUGUUUCCUAGAUUGAGCUGUUUUGCUAAAGCCAUUUUUCCAAAACAACAAAAAGAACCAUAAUGAACAUGUUUGUCUUUA